AUGCGUCGGUCACUUAUUUCCCACCAAAGCAUGCGGGGAAUGUCCCGAGCGGUAUCGGAUUGUGGGAUGCCUGUUGGCAAUGAAACCUUGGCAGGAAUCCCAGUGGCAUCACACACCACACUGUCGUUUAUGAUGUAUAGAUGCAGUCGGAAUGGUCCCCAUGAUGAUGUGACUUGGCGGAAGCUCCUGGGACGAGGCGCAAUAGUCUGUUCUCGUAUGGUUCCGAGGGAUGUCGCUCUCGUUGUUAACGCUUUGCAGAGGCGUAUGAGUGAGGGCAGAGACAGCGAGGGUCACUGCAAUAUUUUCAUACGGAAAUUACUCAACCGACACUUGGAAGGCGGGCCGCUGAAAUGUGAGGAUUACAAUGCGCAGAAUAUCUCCUUAGUGGUACACGGCAUCAACAAGUUCGGAAUCGAUCUUGCUGAAUGCCCUGUGAUCACCACGCAUCUUACCCGCCUUCUGCCCGGGAUGAACGCUCAGCAACUAGUGAUGGUAGCACCAGCUGUGUGUGGAACAGAAUCGAUAAGCCCGGAACUUGAAGGAGCCCAAAGAGCUGUUCUAGCACGAUGUGUCGAGAUCGCGGACACGUUAACGAGCCAGGGAGUAUCGAUACUGUUCAACUGCUUAGCAAAGAAUAUAUCCUUGUCUGGUCCGGAGGGGUGUGAGGCCGUAACGAAGCUUUGCAGUAGAAUGGCUGAUAUGCUUGAGAUAGCGAUCGCUGGUAUCACUGAAGAAGGCGAGCAGCUGCACACGUACAUUGUUAGUCACGCACCGCUGCGUAUCGUAUCGCUGCUGUUAUCAAGUGUGAGCAGAAUUCCUCAUCAUUUGAUGUCGCAUAAUCGAGUGAAGUUGAUUGAUCGAACGCUGUUACCAGGCCUCAAUCGCAUUGCACUAUCACUGGCCGCAGCCCGGCGACCGCGACAAGCUGAGAUUGACCGUGGAAUGCAAUCAAUUGUUACAUGCACGCAUGCGAUGGCUCUCCUUAACAUCAGGGAACCGGAGAUAUUUGCAGCGUUCGGCGAAGCGAUACUGAUUCGGCUCAUUCACGCGGAGCGUCAAACGGAAGCCAGGGAGGUUUUAACGCCUCGUGAAGCCUCUAUGAUACUCUACUCGUGGGCGAAGGCGCACAUUCAUGCAGAUGAUCUGAUCCAACAUGUCCUUCAACUUAUCGCUAAGGCCGCCUCCAACUCCACUUUGGGAUUGCAGGAAGCGAGCCUGGCGGCGUUCGGCGCGGGACAUUUCCGUGUAGGUGAUGCAACUUGGUGGCUUGCAUUGGCAUCAACCUUCAAAGGCUCAUUGGAUGAGUGCAAUUCACGUCAAGCUGUGAUGUUCGCCAACGCGAUUGUUCGCGUAUUGGAUACCGUGUUACACGACGGAGCGGAAGAGGUUUUCGAUGUGGGGCGAUCUUCUCUCGAAAGCGCUGGGGUUCGGGCCAACCCCGCCGCGCUGGGCCGUUUGUCUCCGGCGGCUAAGGCACGAUUCAUGUUCACGGAGUGA